UACAUAGCUGAUAGCCCCAGAGAAAGAGAGAGAGAGAGAGAGAGAGAGAGCUCAAAAGAAUCACAGAUCGUCCAUGGGCUGCUCUGGGAUUUUCAAAAUCUGACAAGGUAGCAUCACACAUCCUGGAGACUCACAGAUACGCCACAAUUCUCUUUCUCCGGCCAACCAAACAUAGAAACAAACAAAUAAAAGUCUCCUCCGACGAUGUGAAAAGUAAGGAUUUGACUUUCCCAGAAAUAGCUCAGAUUCACCGCAUCAAUGCCAGUUGGAAAAGAAUUUCGGCUUAAGUAAGGACAGGGUCAAAGCCUCUACUUUACUUAAAAGGGUUUCUGUUACAUCGCGGAAAGUUUGGUGUUUGGCGUGGAGGAAAGCCUUUUCCUUUUUCCGCGGGGAGAAUGAUUUUCCGGGAAAGUUCAUCGGCGGCGGAGGUGAGUUGCAAGCAAAAUUGUGGGAGCUGGGAAGAUUGGAAAGGGGAGUGAGAGAAGGUGAGAGUUGGAGGGGAUUGUCGGUUGUGGAGUGUGACAGAGAAAGGGUUGGUUCCUUCUUGAGCUUAUCGUAAAGGGUCGUUUAGUUGCUUGCAUCUGCCAGAAUUGUUGUAGGUGUGAAAUAUCAAAUGCAGUUGCUCCGGAAAUUUCUCCCAUAUUUCACAGUCCAUGUCAACCAUGAAAUUUGAUAGUGAACAAGUGUUUUGCCAUUCAGCUCUUGGCCAUAAGGCCCGACCUUUUGAAUACAAUGACAAUGCUCUGGACUCUGCCGCAAAAUCGGGAAACCUGAUCUUGAAGGAAAAUCAGAAGAGGCUCUCGUGUGACUUAAAGCGCACUGAGAGAGAUGCAGUACACUUACCAUAUGCCAUAAAUGACGGAGAUGGUUGGACUGCUAUAGAAUUUGAUUGCUCUAUGGGCAUGGAUGAUUUAAAAAGUGAAAACAAAGAUGAGGUCAGAGACUUUGUUGCAUCACCUACCUAUUCUUCCAGAAAAACAGGAUCAUUUGAUGAGGACUCAGAUUUUGUUAUGGACAAAGGUGUUAAGGAAUGUGAACUGCCAGAAUUGACAGUUUGCUACAAGGAGAGUACUUACCAGGUUGUCAAAGACAUCUGCAUUGAUGAAGGAGUGCCUUCUCCGGAGAAGAUACUGUUUGAUAGUGGUUCAGACGAGAAAACUGUGUGUGUUGAUCUGCCUCUUGAGAAGGAUCAAAACAAAGAAUCCGUGAAAGAAAAAGAAGAUAUUAAGAUGUCCAUUCCAGAUGGAUUACAGAUUUCAGCAGAAAAUGAUUCUAACAAGGAUUCUGCUAAUCAAUGUGAUUCGAAGGAUUUGAUGCAAACAAGGGAAGAUGUCACUGAUAGUAAUGCAAAUGAUGUCCCUGAAGAGAUGUUUUUGCCCGGAAAUAAACUUCCAUUGCUAGAUAUGGGCACAUAUACUUCCCACUUCAAGUCUUCGAACAAUGAUAGCAAUAAAGUUGAACAGCAGCUCUUUCAGGUGUCUGUUGAAAAAGCAAUCUUGGCAAGCCCUGCUUUGAUUUCUGCCGCAGAGGAAUCAAACAAUAGCAGUGGGGAUCCAGUGUUGGCGAACUCAACAUUGGCUUAUGCAACUAAAGAAUCAAAAAAUUGCACUGGGGAUGCAAUGUUGGCAACCCCUGCUUUGGUUUCUUCGGCUGAAGAAUCAAAAGAUAGCAGUGGGGACGAAAUGUUGGCAAGCCCUACUCAAGUUUCUACAGCUGGGGAAUCAGGCAAUGGCAGUCCUGUCAAUGAGUUAUCUUACAACAGCAAGGUUGAAAACGGAAGCAUCACCUUUGAUUUUGACUCUUUAGCACCUGCAGCUAGUGGCACAGAGGAGUGUCUUGAAACUCAAAAGACAUCAAAGCUUGAAGAGGGCGUUUCUGAUGCUCAUACAGUUUCAUGGCAACUUCAACGAGGUCAGGGAGAAACGAGUUUUUCCGCAGUAGGUCGCGGAGAAGAAAAUUUCCAUUCGGUAGGUCCUUUAGCUAGUCUUAUAAAUUACUCUGGGCCAAUACCUUAUUCUGGCAGUGUCUCUCUUCGAUCAGAUAGCAGCACAACCAGCACGCGUUCCUUUGCCUUUCCCAUAUUACAGUCGGAAUGGAAUAGCAGUCCAGUUAGAAUGGCAAAACCUGCCCGGAGGCGUUUCCGGAAGCCUAAACAUUGGGGGCAGAGCCUUCUUUGCUGUAGAUUCUGAUUGCUUCUUUUCUAUCCAUAGGUUUAGAAUCUGAUUUAUACAUGAACAAAAAUUUUAGCUUAUUGGGUAUGAUAAAUAUAUACAUCCUCUUCUUGGUGUGGUU